GAGAGGAAUUCUUUGGACUCGUCGUUUUUGCAUCCUUCUCAAUUUGCAGCGCGGUGCGCUUGUAUCACGACGACAGACUUCAUUUAGUACGAUUUAAUGUCCCUUCCUGCCAAGGCCACACCUCUCGUGGCGUCUGGUCACACUCGCCCCGUUACCCACCUUUCUUUUUCUCCCAUUCAAGACGACGGCACGUAUUUGCUCAUUUCGAGCUGCAAAGAUGGAAAUCCGAUGUUGAGGGAAUGGACUGGCGACUGGAUCGGUACUUUUCUUGGUCAUAAGGGUGCUGUUUGGAGUACCAAGCUGUCUCCCGAUGCGUCCAGAGCAGCUUCCGGAAGUGCUGAUUUUACUGCCAAAGUCUGGGACACAUACACAGGAAAUCUGCUACAUUCUUUUCCGCAUAACCACAUUGUCCGCAGCGUAGCGCUCUCCCCGACAUCGUCCCAUCUGCUCACCGGUGGGCAAGAGAAGAAAGUACGGAUGUUUGACCUUGGUAGGCCUGAUGCGGACCCAGAUUAUCUCGGGGAGCCUGGUACCCUUUCGCAUGAGGGAACUGUCAAAAGCGUCGUCUGGGUUGGUGACCACACCGGCGUGACUGCGGGAGAGGAUGGUCUUAUCAAGUGGUGGGAUCUACGAACGAGGACAUUAACGAAUACCAUGACCUUUCCCAAAUCUAUCACUUCCAUGGAAUUGUCACCACAGACGGGACGAUUAGUUGUCACCUCGGGUACAACGGUCGCGUUUAUCCCUGCUCUUCCCAAUAGCAACGGACUGACGCACAGUCUGAAUCUUCCCUACUCGCCCUCGUCUGCGACAAUACAUCCAAUUCUACAAGACCGCUUUGUCACUGGUAACACGGGUGAUGAAUGGGUUCGGGUGCACGCGAUGGAUGGUGAAGAGAGGGAGGUUUUAAAAGGACACCAUGGUUCCGUUCAUUGCGUCGAAUUUAGCCCCGACGGAGAAAUGUAUGCUAGCGGCAGUGAGGAUGGAACAAUACGACUGUGGCAGACUACACCUGGGAAAACUUAUGGACUUUGGCAGGGACAGACGAACGGGGGUUGAGGUGGAUUUUGCUGUAUAUUGAGAAG